AAAGACUUGACUGACCCUGUUCUUCCCUUGACCCCUAUAUAUACUAUUAACAUACCUUCUUCUUCCUCGGAUCUCUUUUACCCUUUACCUUCUUUCAAAGUAUUUGCUUUUAUUUUUUGGUGAAAAAGUGUUUUGCUUUUGCUGUUGUACAAGAUGAGUGAUGAGAAUGGCGAAGAACCUCGAGAAAACCGUCCGGUUCCACGCUUGAAUGAAAGGAUUCUUUCAUCUCUGUCUAGGAGAUCAGUUGCUGCUCACCCUUGGCAUGAUCUUGAAAUUGGACCUGGAGCGCCUAUGAUUUUCAAUUGUGUUGUGGAGAUCACUAAGGGAAGCAAGGUCAAAUACGAACUUGACAAAAAGACUGGAUUAAUUAAGGUUGAUCGGAUUCUGUACUCAUCAGUUGUUUAUCCUCAUAACUAUGGCUUCAUUCCAAGAACUCUAUGUGAAGACAAUGAUCCAAUUGAUGUCUUGGUUCUCAUGCAGGAGCCUGUUCUUCCCGGUUGUUUCCUGCGAGCCAGGGCCAUUGGAUUGAUGCCUAUGAUUGACCAGGGGGAGAAGGAUGAUAAAAUUAUUGCGGUAUGUGCUGAUGAUCCAGAAUUUAAGCACUAUACUGACUUAACAGAACUUCCACCUCAUCGCCUCAUGGAGAUCCGCCGCUUCUUUGAAGAUUACAAGAAGAAUGAGAACAAGGAGGUAGCAGUUAAUGAUUUUCUACCUGCAUCCACUGCUGUUGAAUCCAUCCAGUACUCAAUGGAUCUUUAUGCGGAGUAUAUUCUGCAUACCUUGAGGCGAUAGACAAGAAUAAUAUACUAAUACUAUUCUCCUCAAAUCAGAAUUAGCUGCAGCAUUAUAGAUGGUUUUUGAAUACAUUUUGAUGAAACUUUAUAUUGUAUUUUGUAUUGAGUUGGAUAAUAUAUAACAGUUGUUUGUUUUACUAAGUGAAGAAAAAUCCAUAAACUGUAAUGCUUCAUGUAGAAUCCCAGUUGAUUGAUAUUUAUUCUUAUAUAAUAAUAUAAUUUCAGUUUUCAAUUAA